AUGGGGGUUGCUCCAGGCCAAGCAGCACGGGGUGAUCUUAUUUUCUGGGUCCAGGGCACCAAAAUGGCACUGCUCGUGAGACCAACAGAGUUUUCCACAUUUCGGAGAUCUAAGGUCAGCUGCACGGACUGUAGCGCAAGACUUCAAGUGGUAGGCACCGCAAUGGUUGCUGAAGACAUUGCAGACCCAAGUAUUGAUCAUCCUGCACGGUUAGACGAGUUGAAUCGAGAGGGGUUGGGUCGGAGAUUGCAAUUGAAGCUGGAUGCUCCAACGGUCUACAUCAUUUUACCAAGCGCUUAG